AUGCCGAGAUACGGCUAUUAUGAGGACGAGGAGGACGAGGACGAGCCGAAGGGUCGACUUAAACGUCGUCCCGGCGGUUAUCGACAUCGGCCUCCGUCCGAAAAGACGGGAUGGGGAGCCGCGGCGGGUGCCGCACGGCCGCAUCCCCAGCGAACGUCCACUUCGGCCGCUGGCGGAGAGCCAGACGAUGAAAAUGAUUUCUGGCACCGCCAGCCAACGUCGGAGCCGGUCGGAGAGCAUCCGCAACUGCCGGAAUUCCGCCCAGCUAGUCUGGACGGGAUUCCUCAGCAGUUCGCAGCCGAACUGACGGAGCUGGCUGGUCCAGCUUACGUCGUGGAGGCCGGCAUGAUCCACUGCCGGCUUCCCGGCUGCGCCAGGCCGGCCAUCGGUUUCGCGACCGUGGCCGCCUGGCGGGUGCACGUCAGGCGCGCAGGGUGCCACAAACAGCUGGCAUUCUGCGCCAGCUGCGGUCAUCGGAUCGAUGUACCCGAUGACCUCUCAGCGGAGGGGAUCCAGGUACGCCUGGAUGCCCACCGCACCGAGAGGUCGAUUUUCCGGUGGAUUAUUGGAAGAAUGACGGUGGAACGUUGGAUAUUCAAAUGGGUGAAAGAUUUGGUUGGUUGGAAUAUUUCAAGUGGAUUCGAUUCGUCCACCCAAUGA